AUGUGUCGGACCACGACCGGCUGUGCAGCCGGCUUUGAACAUGGCCCUACUUGGAGGCACGGUGUUGAAGGGGUCCAGGACUUGAACGGUACUCCGUGGCAUGUCGUGGACAACCAGGGCCAGGUGCAGGACGACCCACGCCAGAAUUUCAGCCAUUGGUCCUGCCCGAGACUACCAGACACGCCCGAAGCCUCCCAUUCCAACUAUAACGAGGCAAUAACCUCAGACCCCCCUUUCUACCUUGAUCAGCCGAGCAUGGUGGAUUACUGGGGUGGUGGAGCACUGUUGCUUGGCCAGUCGGCCGCGCCUAUGCCUUCCUCGGCGCGUAACGACAAGGACAGGAUUCUACCCGAAGCAGAGGCCGACGCCAGUAAUACUACUUCUCGCGGCGCUUCGGCCUCCGACUACUUCGUCAAUCUUGCCUUCAGGGGGGCCUCGACGGUCGCAUAUGGCCCAUCUCACGAGACGCAACACCAGCCGUCGCAAUCACAUUCGUCAUCCAUUCAGCCAAAACACCGUGGUCGUCCUCCAAAAGGGUGGCCGGCGCAGAACAGGGAAACCAUUCCAAGGACGGUCGCCCCAAGGUCCCUAUUCGAUCGCUACCCGCCGAAUUUCUCCGUCAACCUGCCCCCUCCCCCCCAGACCGAUAACCCAGCGUCCGGGUCGGACAAGAAGAUGCGCCUUCGGGCCCGCAACCGUGUAGCCGCCCACAAGUCCCGUGCCCGUAAGCAGCAUGGCAUAGAGGACUUGCAGGCCCAAGAGUCCAACGUCGGCGCCGUCAACAAGGAUCUUAAGCAUCAGUACGCCAAGCUGCGCGGCGAGGUGCUCGUUCUCAAGGACAUGGUUCUCCAGCAUGGCGGCUGCGGAUGCCCCUUCAUCGAGAGCUAUAUCAAAGACACUGCUGUCAGCCUGUCGCAGAAGCCCAACGCCAUUACGGCGACCGGCCAUGGCUCCUCUAGCACUGCCAUCUUGGCCGCGGCCAGUUCGUCUCCCGUCACACCGCAGGGGCAGGGCGCCUGCGGCUCGCCACUCUUCCAUGUGGAGAGCGAUAACGGCCUCUGCUUUGACUCGAACAUGAUGUGGUCCGGAAUGGACUUAUGCUAUGACGGAGGACAAAUGGAAGGCACGUCGAACAGAAACUCCUACGGGCUCUGCUGA